UUUGUUUGCAAAGCAUCUUCUGAGCGGUGUGCGGUGCGGCGUCUUUCAAACAAAAAUCAAAUUCGUAAUAAUUUUGGUGCAAAAAGUGGAAAAUCGACCGAAAAUGUCUUCGCUAGACGACCAGUACAACAACUUCCUCGAGGAGCUGGAGCAGAAGCCGGACGUGCGAAAGCUGCAGGCCCAGCUGGCGUCGAAGAAGACGGCGCCGAGCAGCAGCCUCGAUGACGAUCCGAUGGCGGACAUUCUCCAGAUGGCGGAAGAGGACAACCGGAUUAGCCGGAUGCGGCGCAAUCCGGUGGCGCUGUCGACGACACGGGUCGACGCUGGCAUGGAGGAGAUGGAAACGGACGUGGCCGAGGAUGGGCCGCUGACGGAGUUGAAUCCGAACGAUUUGAAGCGGCGGGUGUUGGUGAUGAAGAGUGGCGAGGCGGACAUUGUGCUGGAGCCGGAGAAGGCGCUGGUUUAUACGUGUUUUAAUACGACUUAUGAUCGGGCGGCGUUGAACCGGGCGGACGUUUGGCACCAGAUUAUGGUGCACCACGACGGAAAGUUCAAAAAGGAUGAGAUUUUGGAGGGAUUUUUUACGCUGAUAAGUACGGAGGAUUUUUACCCGGUGGCGUACCGGCAGCACACGAACAUUGACUUCUUUCUGGUUCGGUUGUGCAGCAAGGCGUUGGUGAAGUUGUUCGACAAGAAUUUGAAGCUGGCGAUGGCGGGUUCGCAGGAUCCGGUGAAGUUGACGGUUAAGCUGAACGCGGCCAAGUUCGCCCAAGGUCAGAUUCAUCCGCCGACGAAGCUGUUUGCGGCGGUGGCCGAACGCAGCGAAAACGCGGUCAUGUACGGCUUCUCGAAUCUGUUGAAUUUGGACAACUUCCGGAAGCACAGCGAGUUUGAGGAGUUGUGCGUUUUUCUGGGGAAUCGGGCUCAUCUGGAGUUGGUGUGCAGCUCGAUUAAUAGGCUUGAGGAGGUUCGGACCAAGGUGAACGCGAUCAAGCUGACGAAUAAUAGUAUUGCGCACAUUUCGCCGCUGGUCGCGAUCAAGGACUUGCCGAUUCAGACGCUGGAUUUGAAGUUUAACCGGAUUAAGCAUCCGGCGUCGUUGCGUCCGCUGAAGGGCUGCGGCAUCAACGAGCUGUACAUCGAGGGCAAUGGGAUUGUGGACGUGCCUGGUUACGUGGACGUGCUGAAGGAGUACUUCCCGAACGUGCUGAAAAUUGACUCGACCUUCCUCGGUUCGCUCGCCCGCAAGCAGACCCAGGUGUCGGCGCCGGCACGCAUCGGUGGAGACGACGAGGUCGAAGUGACGUCGGCCGGCGAAAUCUACAGCUGCGUGAACGGCAUCGUCGAGGACGCCAACACGUUCAAAAAGUUCAAGUUCAACACCAAGUGGCACAUGGUCGUGGUGGUGCACGACGGCCGGUACGACAAGGGCGAAGUUCUGGACGCGCUCGCCACCAUGCUCGACGGGUUCGACUUUUAUCCGUGCUACUACAAGACCUACUCCAAGCAGGACGAGUUCUUCGUAAUCAACUGCUACGAAGCGCUGGCCCACUUGGUGCAGGCCAAACUUGCGCUCCGAAUGAAGAACACCAACGAGCUCAUCUCGGUCGUGCUCAAGAUGAACGUGGCGGAAUUUAAGGAGGGCCAGGUCGUCGUCGAGGAGAAGCUCAACAACUGCCUGGUGGAUCGCUUCAACGAUCGCUGCCUGGACCUGUGCUCGCUGCAGCAGCACCUGGACAAGAUCAAGUUCGUGGACUUUACCGCGCGAAGCACCCGCACCCUCUCCCGGAUACUCAGCAUCGCCGGCAAAAAGUUCGGCCCCGUCUGCCUGGUGAUUCGCCUGCGCAACAACGGACUCAAGAACCUGCAAGCCCUGUCCGCCCUGUUCGGAUUCCCCAAGCUGAUGUCGCUCGACCUGAGAUACAACGAGCUGAGCACCUUCGACGACCUGCAGGGCGUUAUGAAGAACAAAAUCAAGGAACUGUUCCUGGACAACAACCCGGUGUGCAACGCGGCCGCCUCCACCAUCGACUACAUCCGGCACGUGCGCAACCACUUCUCGUCGAUCGAACGGCUCGACGGCAUGCCGCUGCUCGAGAACGGCAACGUGAACUUUGCGCAGAACUACAUCUGCACCCCGGAGGCGUACAAGUUCACCGAAUCGUUCGUGAAGCACUACUACACCAUCUACGACUCGUUCCAGCGGUCCAGCCUGCGGGAUUUGUACCACGCGAAGGCCCAGUUCUCGAUGACGUGCAACUUUGGCCAGAGCAAAACGAUGGACUCGCACCAGGUGCGGCUGAACGCGUACCAGGGCAAGAGCCGGAACCUGCUGAAGAUUGCGAACGUCGACCGGAUCAUCAGCAGCUUGGUCGUGGGAAACGAGCGGAUCGCCAACGUGCUCGUUUCGUUUCCCAAGACGGAGCACGACUUUUACUCGUUCCGCGUCGACACGCCCAUCUUCCGGCCCGAGUGCGUCGUCAUUACGGUGCACGGUGCGUUCAAGGAGAUGGCCAACUCGCUGCUGAGCGAUGACUUUGUGCUCGGGUUUACGCGCACGUUCUACAUCCAGCCGUGCGCCAAGGGACUGGGGAUCUUCGAGCGGGCCAUCGAGUUCAAGAUCUUCAACGACGUGUUCCACAUGUACACGCUGUCCACGUACGGCCGGGACCAGGUGUUUAAGCAUCACGACGAGCCGGAACAGACGGACCCGUUCGUGCCGCACAGCGAGGAGCGCGAAAACACCAUCAUCGUGUUCCAGGAGCUGACCCGGCUCACCCGCAAGUGGUGCAUGCGCUGCCUCGAGGAGUCCUCCUGGAACCUGAAGGUGGCGCUCAACAUUUUCCUCAAGCUGUACGAGGAGGAUCGCAUCCCGGAGAGCGGCUUCGACUCGGCCACGGCGGCCGCAGCGGCUUCCACGCAAACCCAGAAGCGAUAAGCUUGCUUUUUAAUUCCAUAUUUGUGUUAGCUUUAGAAGAACGGACUCACUGAAUCGUGUGUGUGUGUUUUUGUGCAAAAAACAACAAAAAUAAACUAAAUACAUGAUGACGAUUUGAUGUUGA